AUGACUGACUACAAGAUACCAAUUUCUGAUAGCGAAUCCCACCCUCUUUAUGUUUCCGAGAAACAAGAGUUGCCAGCGCCAGCGCUAGCACAGCAAUACAACGACCCGGCCUCGAGAUGUCAGAGAUAUCGUGCAAGAAGAUGUAUUCUAAAUUUUGUGGCAGUCAUGGCGCUGCUAGUCUGGACCGGUUACUAUUUUUUGAGCUCAAUACAGUGUAUGAGUAGUACGAUUGGGGAGGUUUCAGCUAUUCUCCAGAAAAUAGCAGAUCUUAAUUCGCACCAGGAAAAUUCAGCAUUCGACCCGGUCAUGAUCAUGGAUAUUCCUGAGAAAUACUUGCCGGAGAUAGGCCCAGAUCGAACUCAGCGUCGGCUACUCGUGAUCGGCGACAUUCACGGCAUGAAGGAAUCAUUGCAAGAUCUUCUCCAAGAAACCAAAUAUGAUCCAGAGCAAGACCACCUGGUUCUAGCCGGUGAUAUGGUGAACAAAGGUCCAGAUUCACCAGGUGUGGUUGACUUGGCUAUGAAAAUCGGAGCAUCUUGUGUUCGAGGUAACCAUGAAGACAAAGUCAUACGGGCAUGGGAGGAUAUACAGUCCCGUUCAUCAGAACUUGGCGAUGAAGCAGAGCCUGAUGAGAAAAUCUAUGGUCACCACCAUCGAAAGGUAAUAGCCUUGGCUAGAGCUUUGGGUGAGAGACGGAUUGAAUGGCUCAAAUCAUGUCCCCUGAUGCUACGGCUAGGCAACUUUGGAGAGAUGGGAGAAGUCAUUGUGGUCCAUGCCGGGAUUGAGCCGGGCGUAGAAUUAGAAGAUCAAAACCCCUUCUCAGUCAUGAACAUGCGAUCUAUCAAACACGGUAUUCCCAGCAAGCAUCAUGGCAAAGCCUGGUCAAAGGCCUGGAAUAAAUAUCAAGAAUCUCUCAGCCCCUGUCAACGGCAGACCGUUAUCUAUGGACACGAUGCUCGACGCGGACUAAAAACGAAGGAGUACAGCUUGGGCAUAGAUACUGGCUGCGUCAAAGGCCGAAAAUUGACAGCCGCUAUCAUUGAAGGUGGAGAGACGUCUUACUCACACGAGCUCGCGCAGGUCAAAUGUCAUAAAGCGCCCAAAGAAUAA